CCCGCUCCGACGCUCUCCGCCCCGGUCCCGCCGCCCGCCGCGGCCGCCUCGCCAAGAAACACCCCCGACGCAAGGUGGAGCCGCUAGAAAGGGGCCAGGUUUCACCGUGGAAGGGUAGAGAAGGCAAAUCCAGGGAGAAAGGAGGGACGAUGGCGUUCAAGGCCAAAUACAAGCAGCACCUGCGCUCCAGCGCUGGAAGGACCGCAGAUGGCGGCGGCGGCGGCCAUGGAGCAGCCGGAGCUACGCCGCAGAACUCGCCGCGACAAGGACCCCUCCCUUUGCCGCGACGUUCACCUUCGCCGCUGGAUGUCGAGUGCAAAAUGCCUCGAUACAAUGAACACUGCAAUCAUGAUUAUCAUAAUAGUGACACUAGCAGUAGAACCAAGCUAUAUGUGGGGAGCAUUUCUACAGAUGCUCGAGAGCAGGAUCUUGAGGCUGCUUUCAGCAUAUAUGGGAGAGUGCAGCGGGUCUGCACCCCGAUAACUAUGGAUUUGUUGUGUUUUAUGAACCACAGGAUGCAGAUGCUGCAAGGUGUCAUCUUAACGGCAAAGAAUUUUUUGGGAGUCGCAUCAGUGUUGAGUUUGCAAAAGAGCACAAAAUCCCCCGAUACGACAACCACCGUGAUCAUGAUCACUAUGGUCAACAAGGUGGUAACACCAAGUUGUUCGUGGGCAACAUUUCCCGAGAUAUCCAGGAAUAUCAUAUUGAAGGCCUAUUCAGCAUAUAUGGGAGAGUGCGCAACGUGUAUCUCAAGCGGAAAUUUGCCUUCGUUGAGUUCUAUGAUCCCCAUGAUGCAUAUAAUGCAAGGCGCGAACUUGAUGCUGAAGAAUUUGGUUGGAGUCUUAUCUUUGUUGAGUUUGCAACUGGGGUUGAGAGCGGUCCAGGCGGUCCUGCUCCUAUCCGCCGCUAUAACUGUGGGACAUAUGGGCACCAGUCUCAUGAUAGCAAAGCUGGUGACUGGAAAGAUAGGAGCUACCCAUGUGGAGAAAGCGGCCACAUCAGCAAAAACUACCGGAACAGUCAUAAUGACCUCGGCAAACGGGGUUUGCAAUCUCUCAGGAGGGAGUACCGUGCUGGUGGUGAAGAAUUGCAGUCAGGAAGCCCCCGUUACUGUCGCAGCCCUAGGAGUCCCCUACCACGGCCAAGGAAGAAAGCUAAACACAGUGGUUCAUGUCAUGAUGACAACCGACACCCUAUUUCCAAUGGCUAAAGCGAUGAUGAAACAUGAUUGAAAUAGGCCCUUUUCGCCUGGGGGAGUGCAUCGCCAUGAACUGAAACUCUUAAACAGUGUAUUCCUGAAGAUUAGGUUGUAACUGUAUAGAUGCGAUGAGGCAUGGUGUCUGAAAUACCUUGGUCGUUACUGCGUGCACCUUCCUUGUUUGAAGAAUAGGUUGUGCGCUCUCUGGAAAGCUCUGUUGGAUAGCAUAGAUCAUUUGGGUAGUUAGCGAGGUAGCUGUACAGUUGUUUGUAGCUGAACCACGUGACCAGCAUAUAGAUCUGUAAUCUGUAUUCGAAUUCAAAUACAUGUAUAUUGAUCUGCAAUCUUUUCUUAGGUUCUGUCAUUAAUUCGAAAUACAUGUACGUCUUACAGAAGGGUUUGUUGCAAACAUUAUAGAGAAAGGGAAACAAUGCUUGUUGCGAACAAAA